AUGUUUCUUCAACCCGGCUCGUGGGCGACAACGUGCGACCUCGGCGGCCCCCAGUUUAUCGCGUUUGGCCUGUCGAACCAGCGGCUCGUCCCCGCGCCGAUGGGGUACCCGCCCGCGGAGGCGCAGCAGCAGCAGCAGCAGCAGCACGUCUACCCCCCCACCCCGCCCUCCUUCGCGCAGAGUUGCAACGGCGCGGGCCACCGCGGCGAGCAGGGCGGCGGGCGCGGCUCCUGGCGGCAGAGCGGCAGCAACCUGGGCAGCUGCGAGACCUCGCCCGGCCAGGUGUCGGGCAGCGGCUGGGGGCUCAGCAUGCAGUCGCCCACAAGCUCCCCUGCUUCCUCAAUGGGGACGCCGCCCGUCUACUUCGUCCUGCAGCCCUCCCCGGCGCAGAGCCCGCAGCUGGCAGCACCGUCCGCCAACAUCAUGGCGCUGCCGCCACACGCACCUCCCGCCGCGCCGCAUGGCCCAUCGCAGGAGAACGGCACCAGGUACGAGCUUGGCGAGUGGUACGAGGGGGUGGUGAAGCGCUACAACCCCAUGCGCGGCUUUGGGUUUCUCACGGCCACGCACCACCUCAAGGUCAUCUCUCCCCCGCCCCUGCCCGCGCAGCAGCAGACAUCCAUCACAGCCAGAACGAACACGCCGCCCUCGCCAACGGCGGCCAUUGCGGCGGCGGCAGGUGCCACGCAGCCGAAGAAGUUGGAUGCGAGGAAUGACGCCCACAUGGAGCUGCAGGCGCAUGUCGUGCGCACGCCAGUGACGAUUGGGGACAUUUUUCUGCACCAGUCCUACAUCCAAAUGCAGGGCUUCCGUGCGCUCUCCAUCGGGGACAAGGUUGUCUUUCGCGUUGGUGUUCUUCAGGGGAAGAAGGCCCAUCAAGCCGUCUCCGUGCAGCGUGUGCCCAACACUGAGAACAGGGAGGCAGUGACGGCUCCAGCCCCCCGCGUUGAUGCUGCGCCGCUAACGGCCACAGAGGAGAAGUCUGCCACCCAGCAGCCAGCCGAGCCCUCGGCUCACACCCGCAAGUCUCUGGAGCAGCUGCUGCAACACGUGGCGAUGAAGCAGGAGGAGGGUCUUGAGGGGGAGCCGGGGGACGAGUUGACCAUGUCCGCGUUUUCCCUGGACCCGGAGGCAGCGAGGGAGGAGUGCGGGGAGGGGUGUAGCCUGCCCACGCCCAUGUUCUGUCGCAACUUUCCCUCCAUUGGGUGCACCAACGCCGUGGAUGAGCAGGAGUCUGCGCCCUACACCAGUGAGCCGAUCGCAUUCGCAGAGAAUGACGAGGUGUGGGAAUUUCUUGCCAACUUUGGUGUUAGCUAG